AUGACACGACGAAAAUAUGUUUUACAUGAAAAUGCAACUGACCGAGGAAAAUUAGAUAGUACUCGAAUUAAUGUACGACAAAAUCUAAAAGAUAAAUCAAUAACAACACGUGUUAAAUGGUUUAUGUCUGAAUUUCUUGCUGUGACGGCUGCAGCAGCCGCUCGAAUUAUAUUUGCUAUACAUGGUAUCGCAGCUAUUUGGCGAGUAGCUUUAGUCUAUAAGCAAAACAAAUAUUGGUUUCAAGCCAUAACGUUUUGUCCGUCUGUAUUCUUUUAUUUAUGUACAGUUAUACCAAGUGUAUGGUUUCUUGAACUUGAUCUAGCUGAACGACGAUCAAAUUUUAAUGUUACACAAGCACUUGGAUUAAUUCCAGUAGCACAAGGAAAUAUUAAUCUUGAUAGUGAAGAUACAUUACCACUUGUUCCAUGGAAAAUUCCAGCUGAAAUGUGGACACAAAUUGUUGAACAAACUCUUCUUCUUGUUCUUAUUAUUGGACGUUGGCUAUUGCCUGUUGGAAAAACAAUGACACGAGAUCAACUUUCUCAAUUAUUACUUGUUUAUAUUGGAACAGCAGCGGAUAUUAUUGAAUUAUUUGAAGCAUUCAAAGAACCUGGUGUUCAGCGUAAUUUAACAAUUGUUCAUCUUAUAUUAGUAGCUUGGUCAAUAAGUUUAAUGCAAUUUACACUUGUUGUUACAUCAACAAAAUCACGUAAAACUCGUGGUGGUGGUUUUAAACAAACAGAUCCAAGAGAACUUGAAAAAUGUUUUAAUUGGCGAUUAUUUUGGGAAACUGAACUAUGGGCUCUUUCAACAACAAUUCUUUUACAAGAUGGUCCAUUUCUUUGUCUUCGCCUUGGUUUAAUAAUUCAUUAUAAAAUUAUUUCACAAUCAAAUAUAUUUUUUACAACAAAAAAUUUUCUUGUUGUUCUUUUACAACUUUAUCGUGUUUGUGUUAUAAUAAUUGAAGAGAAAAAACGUCAAAAAGCAACUCGUUUAAAUGCAAAAAAACAACAACAUCACUUACCUCUUUUACCUAAAAAAUCAACAAUAACAAAACAUGGAAGAACACGUAAAAUGUUAACAACAUCAGUUGGUAGUUUACCUCCGCAAUCAAUUUCAAUGUCAAAUAUUCGUCCAUACAGUUUUGUUAGUGAAGCUGAUUCAAAUGGAUAUACAGAUCCUUUACCUCGACGAAAACGUUCACCUGAAUCAUUUGAAAUUCCACCACCAUUGCCACCACCUCGACCAACAAUGCCGCAUUCCAAAUCAUCAAUAGUCGUUGGUUUAAAUAGUCAUCAAAUGUGUACAGCAGUAUAA